GCAUUUAACGUCGCUCUACCUAAUCACAUUCAAACGUAACCACAUCCCCAACUACCCAUCCAUAAAAAAAGUUAAUGCCCUUUCCCUCUAUAAAAUCCACCCUCGACCCACUUCACCAAUCACUCCACACUCCUCCACUACUAGUCUCCAUUUCCAACUUCUCCGCUCACCUUCCAAUCAACUAACCCCAAAUGGCGAGCUCUACUGCUUCCUCUGCCUUGGUGGCGGUGAUGCUGGCCUUGGCCGUGACUUUGACGAUGAGUAGAGGUGCGACGGCGGCAGUGAGCUGUGGGCAGGUGAUCAACGCGCUGUACCCUUGCCUGACCUACGUCCAGUACGGUGGGAACAUCCCGGGGAGCUGCUGCAACGGGAUCGUGGCCCUUAGAAAUGCGGCCACCACCACCCCAGACCGCCAGGCGAUUUGCAGCUGCCUCGUCUCUAAUCUCCGUGGGAUCAACAUCAGCCCUUACAGCCUCCGCCUUGCCACCUCGCUCCCUGCCAGCUGUGGCGUCAACCUGCCCUUCAAGAUCGACCCUUCCAUUGACUGCUCCCGGGUCAGGUAGACGUAUGGAAGAUAAUGGCGGGGGAGAGAGACAGAGAGUAGCAGCAGCCAGCAGCAGGGUGUUAUAGUUAUGUGUUUUCUGUUGAUGAAAUAACAGAGAGAGAGAGAGAGAGAGAGAGAGAGACUUUGGUUGCCAGAAGUUGUCUACUGUCAGUCUUGUGUUUUUAGUCUUUUUGUGUUGCUCUUUCUUACGUACUAUGGUAUGUAGCGUUGUCUAAGAUUGUAAUGGUGUUGCUCUGUUUCCUGCUGUAACUGUCUUACCCAGUUUAGUUAAUCUAUGGAAGUUUGCCUCCAAGCUAUAUACGACCGUACGAGUUACUAAUGCUAGCUAGAAUCGUAUCAGCUUAAUCUCCAUGUUAAUGGCCGUGUGAUCUUACGAAAUAUUGUGUAUCACUGCCAGCUAAGCAACCCCUACGAACAAAUAAAAAGCCUAAAAGUAA